AUGGAAAUAACGAAAUCGUUGCAAAAAUUAUUGUUGAGUACGCAGGGUGUGCAGCAUAUCUUCAUCACUGAUAAGGAAGGUAUACCGAUUAUUGGUGUAAACGAGUUAGGCGAAGAAGAUCUACGAAAUCGAAUGCAACUUAUCAACAGUAAUCAGAUAACGAUGGAACAGAUACCAAAGUUGAAUCUUGGCGAACAAAAAUCAGCAAUUUUCUGUUAUGAAUCGACAACUCUAGUAAUGCUUCAAAUCAGCUCAUUCUUUGUAAUCAUUAUUGCAAGUUCUGAAGCUUCUCUUGGUACACUACGAAAUCUUAGGCAUGCGCUGAAAUCUAUUAUCAAGGAAAUUGCAAGUGCAGCUGGUUUACACUGA